AAAUUUCACUACUGAAAAGAUUAUUAUUUGGGGGCGGGGAGGGGGAUGCAGAGAGAGGUCUUUAGGACCCAGCAGGCGGCGGCAGGCGGCAGUUGUGUAGAUCACUGAGAGACUACGAGGGUCCGGUUCAGUUUUAAUUCUGUCUCUAAUCUCUGCAACAGCAGCGCUUCCCGGGUCCCGUGGCUCCCGCGAGCGAUUUGCCGCGGCAGGCUGCCGGGCGAAAAUCAGAGCCGCCUCCGCCCCAUCACCCAUCAUGGAAACCCUCCAGGAAAAAGUGGCCCCGGACGCGCGAGCCUGAGGAUUCUGCACAAAAGAGGUGCCCAAAAUGAAGACCCUGAUGCGCCAUGGUCUGGCAGUGUGUUUAGCGCUCACCACCAUGUGCACCAGCUUGUUGCUCGUGUACAGCAGCCUCGGCGGCCAGAAGGAACGGCCCCCGCAGCAGCAGCAGCAGCAGACGUCGGCCACCGGCAGCUCGCAGCCGGCGGCGGAGAGCAGCCCCCAGCCGCGCCCCGGGGUCCCAGCGGGACCUCGGACACUGGACGGAUACCUCGGCGUGGCGGACCACAAGCCCCUGAAAAUGCACUGCAGGGACUGUGCCCUGGUGACCAGCUCAGGGCAUCUUCUGCACGGUCGGCAAGGCUCCCAGAUUGACCAGACAGAGUGUGUCAUCCGCAUGAAUGACGCCCCCACACGCGGCUAUGGGCGUGACGUGGGCAAUCGCACCAGCCUGAGGGUCAUCGCGCAUUCCAGCAUCCAGAGGAUCCUCCGCAACCGCCACGACCUGCUCAACGUGAGCCAGGGCACCGUGUUCAUCUUCUGGGGCCCCAGCAGCUACAUGCGGCGGGAUGGCAAGGGCCAGGUCUACAACAACCUGCAGCUCCUGAGCCAGGUGCUGCCCCGGCUGAAGGCCUUCAUGAUUACUCGUCACAAGAUGCUACAGUUCGAUGAGCUCUUCAAGCAGGAGACUGGCAAAGACAGGAAGAUAUCCAACACUUGGCUCAGCACUGGCUGGUUCACAAUGACAAUUGCACUGGAGCUCUGUGACAGGAUCAAUGUUUAUGGCAUGGUGCCCCCAGACUUCUGCAGGGUUACAAGAGGCUGCUCCUGCUCCUGAAUCUUUCCAUUUCCUGUACCCAUCAGAAGAAACAAAGAGAGGCUGCCUAAAGCCAGAAGAAUUGAGGGCUUUUAAAACAGUUGCUCAGACUCUUGCAGUACGGCUUCCACAAAUAAGAUAGGUCUGUGCAUCACAUAGACCAGCUCCAACUUCCAGAACAGUGUCAGAAGGUGGUGCCUUUUCAUCUCACUUUUAUUUUAGGUUUGAAGCAACAUGUGCCGGUUUGUUACCUAGGUGAACUCGUGUCACGUGGGUUUGUUGUACAGAAUGAUUUCAUCACUCUGGUAUUAAGCCCAGCACCCAGUAGUUACCUUUUCUCAGCCUCUCCCUCCUCCCACCUUCCACCCCCAAGUAGGUCCCAGUGUCUCUGUUGUUCCCUUGUUUGUAUUCAUGUGUUCUCAUCCUUUAGUUCCCACUUAUAAGUGAGAACAUGUGGUGUUUGGUUUUCUAUUCCUGCAUUAGCUUGCUAAGAAUAAUAGCCUCCAGCUCCACCCACGUUCCUGCAGAAUACAUGAUCUCAUUCUUUUUUAUAGCUGCAUAGUAUUCCAUGAUGUGUCAAUACCACAUUUUCUUUAUCCAUUCUAUCAUUGAUGGACAUUUUAGUUGAUUCCACGUCUUUGCUAUUGUGAAUAGCAUUGCAAUGAACAUUUGUAUCCUAAGGAAACCUUCAGAAUUAGGAUAGGUGGUCACGAAUGAGUUGUGACUCUUUGUUCAUCUCUUUGGGAGAGAAUAAGACUUUUUCUUAAACCCAGAGAAAUAAUGUGAACAAUUAAAUGACCACGGCCAAGAAUUUCAUCAUGUAACACCACUGAGUUUCUUUAAGGAUGUGUAUCAAAGUCCAAUCAGGACACAGAAAUCACUUAGUAAUUUGAAAAAAGAGUAAAGGGGCAAUUGCUAGUGAGAGAUAACAAGUACUCUAAAGAAUACAGGAACGGUAAGCAUUCUCUCGAGCUUUGCUACUUUGGAGGUAUUCACCCCAAAAGGGGGAAAUGCUUUCAUCGGAAGACACGACAGUAAUUUUACUGAAUUAGAAGAGAAGAUUGCCACCUGGUCAUUUGAAACUGUUUAUGUCACUAAACAAAUGGGCCAAAAAUAAGGAGUUACUUCACUGGCUGGAGUAAUUGAUCCCAUUACCAAAGGGAAAUUGAAUGGGCAGCCCCCUACCCUAGGACUGAGAUAGAAGUCCAAGGAAGAAGCCAACUCUUCCAAGGACUGAGAUACAAACAUCAUUGUAGAGGGCAUGGCAAGGCAGAUUGGCUGGCAGAGAAAUUCACUGAGACGUCACAUCAGUGGAACUUGCUGGAAAACUGCCCUUUGGAGUGCUAAGGUCAUAUCCUCAGGAAUGAGCCAUGUCCCAGAACUCACUGAAAGCCACCUGAAGGAAGGCGGGAAAAGUUGUUCAGAGGAAAGUGCCCUGUUAGCAGCUCCCUGCAAGGAAGCAUGCUGGGGGAAGAUGAUCACAAGAAUGGGCCUGCCAUCUGCAUUUUGCUUAGAAUGGCUGGAGCCAGUUGCCUGAGGCAGCCAUUCAAGUGAAGGUGCUUUGCUGGUAGCCCUCCCACUAUAAAGUUGUCCACAAGAAGGUGCUCUGUGCUGCCAGCCACUGGGCACUGCAGAAAACAUAGAGCAUGUGCACACACACACAUAUACACACUAUCUCUUUCUUGUUCUCUCUCUGCAGAAGAUCACUAGAAACAAGAAGAAAAACUCCUUCCUUCUGUGAUCCUCCAACACUGUCUACUGACAAAGCUUAGCAACAUGUUCACUGUAAAGAAGAAAUUCUUAAAGAUUUCUGCUUCAUUAUCAUAGAAUGGUAAUAAGUGGAUUGGGGGUUGAGACAAUGAGCUGAUAACUGGGAAUAGUACAUUCCUUUAGCUACUCAUCUUCUGUAUCUACCCUUCACUCAUGUGAGCUCUGUACAGUGAAGCAACUCUGUUUCCACCUAACAAGAUAUUGCAAAAUCUCCAAGAAAUAUGAGACUAUGUGAAAAGACCAAAUUUACAUUUGAUAGGUGUACCUGAAUGCCACAGAGAGAAUGAAUCCAAGCUGGAAAAUAAUCUUCAGGAUAUUAUUCAGGAAAACUUUCCCAAUCUAGCAAAGCAGGACAAUAUUCAACCCCAGGUAAUACAGAGAACACUACAAAGAUAUUCCUAAAGGAAGAGCAACCCCAAGGUACAUAAUCGUUAGAUUCACCAGGGUUGAAAUGAAGGAGAAAAUACUAAGGGCAGCCAGAGAGAAAGGUCAGGUUACCCACAAAGGGAAGUCUAUCAGACUUACAGCAGAUCUCUCAGCAGAAACCCUACAAGCCAGAAGAGAGUGGGGGCCAAUAUUCAACAUCCUUAAAGAACAGAACUUUCAGCCCAGAAUUUCAUAUCCUGCCAAACUAAGCUUCAAAAUUGAAGGAAAAAUAAAAUCUUUUAUGAACAAGCAAGUACUCAGAGAUUUUAUUACCACCAGGCCUGCUUUACAAGAGCUUCUGAAAGAAGCAUUAUACAUAGAAAGGAACAACCAGUAUUAACCUUUCUAAAAAUAUACCAAAAGUAAAGAGCAUCAACAUAAAGAAGAAUUUACAUCAACGAAUGAAUAAAAUAGCCAGUUAACAUCAAAUGGCAGUAACCCUAAAUUUAAGUCGACUAAAUCCCCCAAUCAAAAGAUACAGCCAAAACCUUCUUCCUUUCUUCCUCCCCUUCACUCCUUUUUUUUAUUUCUUUCCCAAAAAAAAAAGAUUGCUAUUUUCACAAGUGAAGAAAUUCUCACUCUUCACAAAACAAAGAGACACACAGUCCUAACCAUCUCUGUAUCCACUGCCAGCUAUAUUCAUUACUCCUCAAAUUCUAUCAUAGUUGCACUGAAUAUUUUAUUGCCUAGAGACUACUAUGUAUGGUUAAGCACCACUAGUUUGUGUAAAAAUUAAAAUGGAAAAAAGAGAAAGAAAUAGCCUACACACCUAAACGUAUAGUAGCCAAAGAGAAAAUGCACAAAGCCACUAAAGUCCUCAUUUCAGUAGUUGGCCACAAGGCCGUAGUUGAUACCCAUGACUCAUAUUUCUCUGGCCAUUGGCCAUAAGCUCAGCAGGUCAACUCUUUAUCCAGUAGAGUGACCUAAACCUUCCUUGGGAAGGGUAAAGUUCUCAGUCGUCUGCCCUUUUUUUGGUUGUUAUAAGAACUGCUAACAGGCACCCCAGAUAAUUUCCUGGAUUCCACAUAAUUCUCCUUCUCCCCAGUGUGUAGCAGCAACUCAAUUUCCCUUUGAUAAUUGGGAUCAACCAUUCCAACCAGUGAAGUAACUCCUUAUUUUUGGCCUGUUGGUUUAGUGACAUAAACAGCCUCAAAUGACCAGGUGGAAAUCUUCUCUUGAAAUUCAAUGAAAUUGUUGUGUCUCCUGAUGAAAGCAUUCUCCCUCUUGGUAGCAAAGAUCUCCAAAUUAGCAAAGCUCGAAGUUUCCGUUGGAUUUGGCAGUUCCAUCGGUUAUAGCAGUAAAAGAGAAUCAUUUCAGAAGAAUGGUGGGAGCAGAAGCCAGAUUACAAGGGGGUGUACAAUGAAGAGAAGGCAAGGCAGGGAAACCAGGAAGUGAAUGCAGCCCACUCUUCCAAAGGAGAAACUAUGAAAUGAAGUAGAGGAGAGCUCUGUAAAGCAUUUAGAAUAGGACACAGGAUUUUGGGAGGAAUUUUUAAAAUAAGGAAAACUUGCACAUUUUAUAAAAUUUAAGGGAAAGCCCCUUUAUCUAAAAAGAAAUUGAAGGAAGAGAUGAGAGAUGUGGUUAUCGGUAAACAAGAUUCCAAAAGGGAUGGGAUCAAUAAAACGAAGCAGAGGGAUCUCUGCCUCAGGCUCUGAGCCCAGAGAAGUGGGGAAGGGAUGCGAUGGGAGAAAAUAAAGGCACAUUUGUAGGAGGUAGAACAGGAAGUUAAGCUGGUCACCUUCCCCUAGUUUAAUUUGCAGAUUACAAAGCAAAGCCUUUUGAUGAAAGAACUGAGUUGGUAGAGCAGGAAGACUGAAGAAAAUGCACAAUUUUGAAAAGAACAGUAGUGGAAAAUGGAGAGGGACAAGAAAUAGAGAAAUCGAAUCUGGUUGUCUAUAAAUCAUGGUUAUCAUAAAUCAACUGCUAGUAGAUAAAAGAUUAAUGACUUAUCCAUAUAGCAGUUAAAAACAGGUUUCUCUUUAAUCUCCUAUCCUAUAGCUUUUAUAUAGCACUUACCAUUUUCUGCCAUGGGGUUUCUUUCCUUUCUAGAAUCCACUUGUAACUCUUUAAUGAGUUAGAUUUUUGUAUUGCCCAUAAGCAUCUACUAGAGCGUGUAACUCAUUAACAGUGUUUCAACAACUAAUUGUUGUAAAACAAACCUCUAUACUAAUGGGGCAAAAUAACCAUCUUUUAAAAUUAUUAUCUCUCAUGGUUCUGGGGAUCAACUAAGUGGUUCUCACUUGGGAGUCUGUCCUGUGGUUGCAGUCAGGAAACAUCUGGAGGCUCCUUCCUGCACAUCUCUGGAGUGUGAUGUUAACUCCUGGCUGGGACCUCAGCCUGGAGGGGCUGUCCUCCACAAUACACGUAUGUGACUUCUCCAUGUGGCUUGGGCUUCCCCGGGGGACUGCUGCUGGGUUCUGAGAGCAAGUGUCCUAGAAAAGAGCUGGGCAGGUGCUAUAAUCAUUUUUAAGGUCUCUGAAAUCAUGCAGUAGUCUUCUGUAACAUUCUAUUUAGAAGAAUUAAGUCACUAAGGCCAGCCCAUAUUUAAGGGGCUGGGAAUUUUGACUCUACCUCUUGAUGAGAGGAGUGUCAGGGGAUUUGCAGAUACCACCCACACAUAUAAAUGCUAAUUAGCUGCUUGUUUUAAGCAUUUAUUACAUUUUGAAAAAGCCUCAGAAAGAAAGAGAAUGAGUGGUGCACAGUCUUACAAGGUCUGAAUAGAAGUCAAUAACAAUGCUAAAGAGUCAAUUAACCCAUAAAAGAUGCUACCCAUGCCUGCUUAUUUCACAAGUGUUUGUAAUCUUCUUUUACAAUCUCUUUUUAGGAGAUAAAAUUGAGCUGUUUGGUCUAGAAAGGUAUAGUUGGUCAGUGCUUCUCCUACUUUACAGGCAUGCAAACUGCUGGGGAUCUUGUUAAAAUGCAGAUUCUGAUUCAGUAGGUCUGAGGCGGGGCAUCACAUCUUGGAUUUCUUUUGUUCUUUUUUUUAAAAUACUUUAAGUUCUGGGAUAUAUGUGCAGAACAUGCAGGUUUGUUACAUAGGUAUACAAGUGGCAUGGGGUUUGCUGCACCCAUCAACACAUCAUCUACAUUAGUUAUUUCCCCUAGUACCAUCCCUCCUCUACACCCUCACCCCCUAACAGGUCCCGGUGUGUGAUGUUCCCCUCCCUGUGUCCAUGUGUUCUCACUGUUCAACUCCCACUUAUGAGUGAGAACACCCAGUGUUUGCUUUUCUCAUCCUGUGUUAGUUUGCUGAGACUGAUGGUUUCCAGCUUCAUCCAUGACCCUGCAAAAAACAUGAGCUCAUCCUUUUUUAUGGCUGCAUAGUAUUCCAUGGUGUAUAUGUGCCACAUUUUCUUUAUCUAGUCUAUCACUGAUGGACGUUUGGGUUGGUUCCAAGUCUUUCCUAUUGUAAAAAGUGCUGCAAUAAACAUACAUGUGCAUGUGUCUUUAUAGUAGAAUGAUUUAUAAUACUUUGGGUAUAUAUCCAGUAAUGGGAUUGCUGGGUCAAAUGGAAUUUCUUGUUCUAGAUCCUUGAGGAAUCACCACACUGUCUCCCACAAUGGUUGAACUAAUUUACACUCCCAACAACAGGGUAAAACCAUUCCUGUUUCUCUACAUCCUCUCCAGCAUCUGUUGUUUACUGACUUUUUAAUGAUCAUCAUUCUAACUGGUGUGAGAUGGUGUCUAACUGUGGUUUUGAUUUACAUUUCUCUAAUGAUCAGUGAUGAUGAGCAUUUUUUCAUGUUUGUUGGCCACAUAAAUGUCUUGUUUUGAGAGUGUUCAUAUCCUUCACCCACUUUUUGAUGGGGUAUUUUUCUUGUAAAUUUGUUUAAGUUCCUUGUAGAUUCUGAUAUUAGCUUUUUGUCAGACAGAUAGAUUGCAAAAUUUUUCUCCCAUCCUGUAGGCUGCCUGUUCACUCUGAUGAUAGUUUCUUUUGCUGUGCAGAAGCUCUUUAGUGAUGAAGUCUUUCCCCAUGCCUAUGUCCUGAAUGAUAUUGCCAAGGUUUUCUUCUAGGGUUUUUAUGGUUUUAGGUCUUAUGUUUAAGUCUUUGAUCCAUCUUGAGUUAAUUUUUGUAUAAGGUGUAAGGAAUGG